CGCGCGGAAUCGAAACGAGAAGGUAGCGAAUCGCACAAAGAUCGACUCUCCCGGUCAACAAACGAACAGUUUAAUUCGUUGUAUCAAAAGCCCAGGCGACACUUUGGAGUCGAACCUCGUUCCUAUUCGCAUCCCUUCGCUCCCGGCUGGUUUCCCGGGGCUUUGUGUGUUUUGACGGGGGUGCUAACUGACCCCGUGGCUUCCACGGAGAGCAGAGGGGUGGAGGGCUGUGUUCAAGAGCAGAAGAGGGUGGCAUUAGGUCGAGGUCACCGGGACGCCCGAAGCGAUCGAUGCAGCCCGCCAGCCAGCACCCAACCUCGCUAACAACCCUCUGGUUUCUCCCUCCGGCGACCCAUCUUCCGCGACCUUCUCCUACGCGGAAACCCAAAUACCAACGGCUAUUGCACAUCAGGACCACCCUACCGAAACCUCGUUAUGUCUGUAUUUACGUCUCGUUGCAUUUAACAAAAAGCAACCUGGAGGGUUGAAAUCUUCCGCCUAGGUUCAACACGUGGAUGCCCCACAUUCGAGCUCCGAUCAGCUGUUUCCCCGGGACAUCGACGCUUCUCGUUUCCCGUGCUGGAGGGAUCGCGCGCCCCACCGCGAUCAGCUUGGGGUGAAACGAUUGUCUUCAAAAAAUAGCAGAAUUACAAUACCCUUCGAUAAAAGGAACACGAAUCCCUUCGUUUCGAUUCCAGACAAUUUUUCGUAGAACCACACGAGGUGGAUCGAGUCUUUCGAAAAAUGUUCGGGUGGAUUUUUGAAAACGGACGGAUAACUUCGCGCAAGGUCGAGCGAGUAGCAAUCCGACUUCCCUCUGCGUCGACGGUUUCAGCGAGCUCGUAACUGCUGGAUUUACGGGGGCGUAAAGCCUCACUCUCAGACCGUAAUGCCUCGUUUUAAGUGCACCGCUUCUUCCAGCAGCGUUACAUCCGAUCGGGUACCAAACAAACUCGCCACGCCCGAUUACCGAUCGAAGUUGGCUGCGAAACGACGAACGCCGCGCUCAUCUGUCGCGUGUUUGGUUUCCAGGGGCCCCUUCGGUUCGCGCGCACGCUUCUCUCUCUUCCUUCUUUUUUUUUUUUUUUUUUUUUUUAUAAAUGUCCUGGUCGUUUUGAACGUCAAACUACCCGUUUGUACGUCGUAUAUUUUUAGCGGUUUUCAUCCUACGCUCCGCGAACGAAGUGAAACAGCGACGCUCUGCUAUGACGCCGGUUCUGAGAGUGGCUAUUCAGUGAGCGAAUGCGAGUCGUACCAUGCGAAGAGGUUUAACGGUUUAUGACGAGGAUUCUAGAACGCCUGCAUCCACUGACGACGAUUUUUCUCUCUCCUCGGAACUCGAUCUGCUAAAUCCAAGGUACCGAUCGAAUCGGAAAUCGUGGCGUCAGCGAAUUUCGAAGAGUGGACAAAAUAUUUUACCGAAUCUACUCGAGCCGGCCGAGAGAAAUUCCGAGCCCUGUCGCUGUUUCGCGAACUGCGAUCACGUCGAAACAAAAUUACUAUCCGAAAAAGUAGGUAAAGACGCUACAGGACAUCGCGCGUCGAGUCUUCAACACUUUCCGUGCUAUACUUAUCAGAAAAAAUAUGAGGUAACUUUCGUUGCGGAGAAGUCUUCCAGCGGUGAGGAUCUCGGCAGCAAAUCCUCCCCGAAACUUUGCGCGAGAGGGAAGAGUACACCGCGAAUAAUCCGUGCGAUUCGUCGAAACAGCAGAAAGUUCAAACCCGAGGAGGAUCGAUCGGAAUCACCGGAACGACCGCGUCCCGGGAACAGCAAAAGCAGCGUGGUGGUUCUGUAUCACGGGAAAUCGACCGCGGCGGCUCCAGCAUCCCCCAAACCACCCCUUAGGGCCACUCAAUCGGAACGGACAGUUGCGCGUGGACAGAGUCACGUGCCGACAGAGAACGUUCAACCCUUGCGUCAGCAGAGGUCGUGUCUGGUGGAAAGUCCGGAAGACCGAUCUCCCAUAUAUUCCAUCGAGCGAACGAAAGCUACUUUGAGACGACGCCGACGUUUAUCGAAGCGACGAGGACCACUCAACGUACACAUUUAUCAGGACAACCGUGGACCAGAGGUCGCUUCCACUUCCAAGGGCCAUCGUGUUUUGUCCAAAGAGGCGCAGCAAGCAGAGCGGAGAUCCGAUCCGUCGAGAUAUUCGGCAAAGUCUGCGAAAAAUUUGAUUAGGUCUUGCGAGGGUUCCAGCACUCGUCAGGACGACGAUUCGGAUGAUCCCGAUCAAGGCAGAAGAUCGGACAAGCAUCGGAACCUCGACGAAACCUUCGGGGAGCGAUGUCGUCCCUCUGAUAAGCCCGUUUUGAAACUAAUGGCUCGUUCCAGUCUAGGAAAAGACGGCGAUUCCAGGCAACGCAGAAACGAAGCUGUCUGCCCUAACUUGGCCUACCUGAUGCAGCAAGUCCACUCGCGUCCACGCGAACGAGGCGACGACCGUGCAUUUAUCAGCGUGAACGACGGCGACGAUUCGCAGCGAGUGUUCCCGUUUCAGCCGACCCCGAGCGGCAACUUAAAGAUCGUUCCUAAUCAGGUGGUGUUCGAAUCGAAGAAGGUCAGCGUGGUGGUAGCCGAUCCUCGGCACACGAAGGUUAACGUCAAGGCAGAGCUUAACAGACCUGGAAACGAGCUCGUUGGCCGCGCUUCCGAGUCCUCUACGAGACCUAAACUCGUCGAUCUUUCAUCCGGCGUCUCAUCCACGACGAUCAAUCAGGUACAGGGCCAGAAAAAUCUGCCGAUCGCAGGGGGCGCGUACAGACCCACGAUGCAUCCGUUCAAAUCCAAGUUCGGUCAAAUGGAGACGGAACAAAAGCAGCAGGCUACACCGUCGACGUCUUGCGAGGCGCCUCUGCUGCAAGAGGUGCCUCUAGCAGCACUGGGAUUUACGAGCGAGCAACCGAUCGAUUGGGACAACAUCAUUCUCCCGGAGAAGACCGACUUGUAUCAGGAGUUGGCCAGGCGUAUCACGAAUUACAAGAACGCGGACUGUAUCGUGAGGAUCGGUCAGGACGAGUUCCAUUGCCACCUCCUGGUACUCCAGAGCUACAGCGCCUUCUUCGAUGAGAAGAAUUGCAAGGACGUCGACUUGGCCGGGAGCGACGUGUCUUCGAAGGCGUUCUCAAUCAUCUACGAUUGGAUGAUCAGUUCGCAGAACGAGAGCUGCCAUCUUCUGCACAGGGACAACAUACUGGAAGUGUUCGUCGCUGCUCAGUACCUCGGUAUUAAAGAAUUGGAGGAACAAUGCUGGGCUUUCAUAGACAACGACGAGUUGUUCACGGAAGACACCGCGUUCCUACUGUACUUGGAGGCAAAGAAAAUUAAAAACACCGCCGUCAUGGAGCUGAUGCUGCCCAGGAUCAUGAAAUUCUUCCUGAUGCUCGUUAGCACCAGUGACUUUUUGGAGCUGUCCGUCGACGAGCUGUGUCUUUUGCUAAAGUCGAACUACAUCUGCGUGAACAGCGAGAUGGAAGUCCUGAUGUCCGCAGUUCGAUGGCUGAUGCACGACUGGGACAAUCGAAAGCAGCAGAUGCUGGAGGUACUGAAGUGCGUCAGAUUCGGGCUUAUAGCACCGUGGCAGUUGGUGGACGUAAAAAGGAACCCUGAAAAUCCCGAGUUCAUGGAACUGAUGUCCUUCCCGGAGGUACAGAAGAUGGUUGACGAUGGAUUAGCUUUUGUCAUUAUCAAAUACUGGUACGGUAACCAAACCGAAGAUUACUAUCAUUGGAUCGAUUUAUUGGGGCUGACGGAGCCUACCAAUCGAAAUUGGGCCGGGGAGGAUAAGAACUACGUGACGUAUCGAGAAUUUUUACUUUACCUCGACGAGUAUCAAAAGACGAAGAUUUCGGAACUGAAGUCUCACAAGACAGUCACGAAACCCGUUCCACCAAAUUCGCCACCCAACGAUUACCUGUUCCCACGUCCCAGGACACCUAACAAUUAUGCUCAGAGCUCGGGCGACAAUGGGGCCGUUCGCAACGAUGCAACGAUGCAGUCGAAGGGACCACCGAAUUAUUUACCACCUGAAAUGCCACGGGGCCUGAUGAUGCCCCCUAAAUUAAUGAACGAGUAUCUGAGUAAUCUGGAGAGAAGCAAAGGGAGAGCACCGAACACGGUCGCCGUCGACUCGAGGUUCACGGGCGGCGGCGAGCCGACGAGAGCUACAUCCAAGCCGUCAACAGUCGAGAAACAGGGCCAGGAACACUGUCAGCGAGGCGCGAAUUUGUUGGACGUUGGUAAAUUGGAUUACGAGAACCGGCAGGAGAAGAACGCGCCGGAUGUUUGCCGUUGCCAGCAGCGCGAGUCGAAUGUGAUAUUUUCCGCGAGGAAGCAGCAGACGAGAUGUAGGUUGCCGAGGGACCCGGAAGCGAGAGCAGACUCUGGUAAAUCCGAGAAGGAGGCGGCCACCACGAUACAGGCCGUCUACAGGGGAUACAAGGCUAGAAGGAGAUUUCACGAAAUACAAAAGUCAACGUUGGAUAAGAAGCGGAAUAUCAAGAAGGUGGCAGAACUUCUGGCCAUACCGAUGGGCGAAGAUCUUGUCAGAAUGUCAAACAGUUCGGCAAACCAAAUCAGAAUCGAAAAAGAGGAAACGUGGCCGCUGAGUUCCAGAACAAGGAACAGGGAGCAGUCGGUUCAAAGCCAAAAUCAAUGCUGCGUCGACGACCAAUCGAGCCGAUUCAACGAACGCGUGCCCAGUUACGUGACCGGAAAACAAAGGACACCGCGUGGCCUGCCGAAUCCGGCGCACCCACGAAACGCGUUAAAGCCUAUCAGGACCAUCAAGUCGCCAAUGUUUUUCGCAAAUUACGACGAAAGAACCAGUUCCCACUCGGAUAACACCGAUACGGAGGAGCCUCUCUCUCCGCAGACCGAUGCCAAGUCCACAACGACCGAUUUCGAAGACGUCGUCGCGACCGAUCGCUGCGUUACGAAACGCGUCGAGUCGAAUUAUUGCGAAGGAGACAAUGGUCAGCGAGCGAAGCCCACCAAAAACGUUCAAAUUCGAACCUCGACUUGCAAUCGACCCCUACCGCAAAGGAUCAGCAGCAGCAUACUGGGCGCGAACGCUGACGGUUACUUCUACGACGACUCUCUGUUCUUUCCCGAUCGAGAAUCGAUUCUUGUUUUCGGCGGCGUCGAUCCCCACGAAGAGUACGGCCGUGCUGGGAACACGGGCAAGGAUAUAUACAGAUUUAAACCUGACGAGAACGUUUGGGAAUUCGCUGGAGAAAUUCCACAGGCGCGACAUCACCACUCGGUCACUUACCUAAGAGGUCGUGUGUACGUAGUGGGAGGAGCCGAUCCCCUCGAAGACAAACUCCACAGAAAGAGCAUCGCGGUUGAAAGCGUCUGGAGCUACGACCCAACUACGAGAACUUGGUUCAACGAACCUGGCAUGCUGACAGCCAGAAAGGACUUCGGACUGGUGGUCAGUCACGGGAAAAUGUUCGCCAUUGGAGGGCAAGGCAGGAACGGGAUAGCUUUGAGGACUGUGGAGGCUUUCGAUCCAUCCGAUUCCACGUGGAGAGAGAUGCAACCGAUGCAGACUGCAAGGGUGGGACCUGCCAGCGUGAAAUAUAGAGAUCUUAUCUGGGUCGCUGGCGGGAUGACAAAAUCGAAAAAGGAACUAUUCUCGAAGGACGUCGAGUGCUACGACCCGAUCAAAAAUUUAUGGUUAAAAGCUGCGCCUCUGAGGUCACCGAGAUGCUUCGCCUCCUUCUACGUCGUAUCCGGCUGUCUUUACGUGAUCGGUGGAGCGUCUACCUCCGAGACCGGCACUCAGAGCAUCGACAGCAUCGACACGUGGGAUGGGAACGAUUGCAGUUGGAAAGAGCUGGCGAAUAUGUCGAUCGCGAGGCACGGACACUCCAUUGGCUCUAUAGGCGAGCAAUUGUUGAUAAUAGGAGGAGUAACCACGGUGUUCAUGAAAACGCUGAACAGUGUCGAAUGCUACUGCUGCGACAUCGGGAAGUGGAUGAAAGGCGUUUCUGCACUGCCGCAUCCUGUUUCCGGUCACGGGACUGUAUCUUUACCUCCGGCGAAUCUUUUGAUAGAUCACCGAUAACUGUAAAAUAAAAGAUGUUCCCCUUCUCUACAUUACCGUUUCCAUGUUUAAUGGUCGAAACAUUAAACAUUUAUUUAUACGCUAUUUAUAUCGAAACAGUUUAUUUUUUAAUUUUUAAUAGUAAUAC